AUGGGACAAGUAGCAUCAAAAGAAGAAGAAAUAGAAAGACAGAAUAUUUAUGCAAGCUAUCCUGGGCUUGAACAACAAUUAGAUAUGGUUUUUGCAUGUCACGAUAUAGACAAACAAGGAAAAUUACCAUAUAAAACAGUAGAAAUGAUACUAAGGCAUUUUUUAAUGCAAUGUGGUUUUAUGGAAUAUGUUUGUAGAUUUGUUGAUGAAAAUGGAAGAUUAGAUUUGAACCAUGUUGAAAAUUAUUUAUCUAGUAAAAAGUUAGUACAUAAAUUGAAAUGUUGUGGAGAAAUAAUGCUUACUUUAGAAGAAAUGAAAGCUUUAGUGAUAAUAUUUUUAAAAAAAAUAUCAGAUACUUAUAUAGAAGAUCAAGCUAAAUGGAUGCAAAAUAUGAAGGUUUCCCAAGAAGAGCAAGGAAAAGCUUUAGAAGCAGCAAUGUCUGAAUAUGAAAAAAAUGUUUUAUUUAGUCAUGCUUUAAAAGAGCAGAGAAUUUUUCAAAACAACAAAAAAUUGGGUGAAUGGAAUGAUACUAUAGAAAAUGCCUAUGAAGCACAACAAGAAAUAUUACGUCAAUUUGAAACGAAAAAAAGGGAAAAAAUGGAAUUAAUAUCUGAAAAAAAUAAAGAGAUUGAAAUAGCUAAAGAUUAUAUUCAAAAAAUAAAAGAGGCAGCAGUAGAUAAUAGAUAUGAUAAUUCUAAAUGUUUCGUUUACCCAGCUUCUUCAGCUCCUUGUGGUGCAUGCACUUCUGCAGGUGCUGUCUUACCAUACAGAAGGUAUAAGGAACCUAGACAAAAAAAAGAAUAUUCAAUGUGUAUAUAA